ACUGUGCUGGCAUUAUUUGUUUAUAGUUGUAUUUAGCAUCGGGAAAAUUUAUAAAACGGUUUUACUGUGUAAAAAUUUGAAAUUAAAAUGAUACAUAGUUUAUUUAUUGUAAACAAUAGUGGUGAUGUUUUUCUUGAGAAACAUUGGCGAUCUGUCGUUUCGCGUUCCGUUUGCGAUUACUUUCUUGAUGCUCAGCGCAAUGCACCAUUUGACGUUCCGCCGGUGAUUGCCACACCGCAUUACUACCUCAUCACAGUCCAACGAAAUGGCAUAUCGCUUGUGGCAGCGUGUAAGCAAGAAGUGCCACCGCUCUUUGUUAUUGAAUUCCUGCAUCGUGUGAUGGAUACAUUCCAAGAUUACUUUAGUGACUGUUCGGAGUCAAUUAUUAAAGAGAAUUAUGUGGUCGUUUAUGAGUUACUUGAUGAAAUGUUGGAUAAUGGCUUUCCACUCUCAACAGAAAGUAAUAUACUCAAGGAGCUUAUUAAGCCACCAAAUAUUUUGCGUACCAUAGCAAACACUGUCACAGGAAAAAGCAACGUUAGUACUACAUUACCAUCUGGUCAGCUAUCGGCAAUACCAUGGCGUCGUAGUGGUGUGCGUUAUAAUAACAAUGAAGCUUACUUUGAUGUUAUUGAAGAAGUCGAUGCAAUUAUUGAUAAGUCUGGUUCGACAGUAUUUGCCGAAAUACAGGGUUAUAUUGACUGCUGUUGCAAAUUGUCUGGCAUGCCUGAUUUGACACUCUCAUUCAUGAAUCCACGUCUCUUUGACGAUGUCUCAUUCCAUCCAUGCGUACGUUUCAAGCGCUGGGAAGCCGAACGUUUACUCUCAUUUAUUCCACCAGAUGGCAAUUUUCGUCUCAUGUCUUACCAUAUUAGUUCGCAAUCGGUUGUGGCUAUACCUAUUUACAUAAGACAUAAUUUCUCUAUAAAAACGGGUGAGCAAGGACGUUUGGACUUGACUGUUGGUCCACGUACUACACUCGGUCGUACUGUGGAUAAGGUCAAACUUGAGAUUACAAUGCCAAAAUGUGUUUUGAAUUGUAUAUUAACGCCGAAUCAAGGCAAAUAUACAUUCGACUCAGUUACCAAGACAUUAUCAUGGGACGUAGGUCGCAUAGAUGUAACUAAGCUGCCAAACAUUAGGGGCACUGUAUCAAUUACGCCCGGUAGCACUAACAUUGAUGCCAAUCCCUCGGUUAAUGUGCAAUUUUCAAUCUCACAGCUGGCUGUGUCUGGCUUGAAAGUCAAUCGUCUUGAUAUGUAUGGCGAAAAAUAUAAACCAUUCAAAGGUGUUAAGUAUAUUACUAAGGCGGGUAAAUUUCAAGUGCGCAUGUGAGCCAGGGAGAGUAUUGUAUAAUUAUAAAACACUUUACUGCAAUUACGUAAUAUUAUUUUAUUAGUUUAUAAACAUAUGUACGUAUUUCUAUUAAUUACACUGUUGUAAUGCUGCUCAUGUAAAUGCUACUUUCUGAAAUGUACGUGUACGAGCAUGUAUUAUGCAUUGAAAUAAAGACUAUGCAAAUUUUAAUAUGG